AAGGAAGCUAAGUGCUGAAAGAUCGACUUUGAUUGGCCCAUCGUAAAUCUCCUAAAUAAAACCCUACUUGUGAUUCGUUCAAAGUAGAUCAGAGCCCCGGUGAGCUGGAUGGAGGGUGAGGGGUGAGUGCGGUUAAGGAACCCGAGAGCCAGGUAAAGAAGCCCAGAAACUUCAGGAAGAAUCUGUUUCCUGAAGAUUUGUCUCUGGUACUGAAAAGGAAACUCAGGGAGAUGCUCUAGGAUGGUGUUACCUCGUUAUGUGGACUGAAUAGUACCCACCAAAAGAUGUCCACACCUAACUUCCAGCAUCUGUAAAUGUGAUUUGAUUUGACAAAGGGAUCUUUGCACGUGUGACUGUGGGACCUUGUCUGGUGAUGAUGGGCGACAGAAGACAGAGAGGAGAAGUGUCAUGUGGGGACAAUGACAGUUACAGGAGGCUUGUAGCCAGAGAGACCCUGGAGUCACCAGAAACUGGGAAACCUAAGAAAGCAUCUUGGCUUAGACCCUAUGGGGGUGUGUUGCCCCAUGGACACCUCUACUGUAGACCUGUGCUCUCAAGAAUUGAGAACAAACUCCUUGUGGUGUGAGCCUCAAUUAGGAUGGCUGGCAUGGUUCUGGGAGUGGGUGCUGGCGUGUUCCUCCUCGCUCUGAUCUGGGUCUUGGUGCUGCUGCUGUGUGUGCUGUUGUCCAGAGCCUCUGGGAUAGCUAGGUUCUCCAUCAUCUUUAUCUUCCUCGGUGCUCUGAUCAUUACUAUAGUUCUGCUGCUUUUCCCUCGAGCCAGUGAAUUCCCAGCCCCAGAGGUUGAAAUGAAGAUUGUAGAUGCCUUUUUCAUCGGCCGCUAUGUCCUGCUGGCUUUCCUCAGCGCCAUCUUUCUUGGAGGCCUCUUCUUGAUUCUUACUCAACAUGUGCUGGAACCAAUCUAUGCCAAACCACUGCGGUCCUGCUGAGUGCGGUAACGGAAACGGGACAUUUUGAUGUCACGGAUGAGCACAGAGGCACUCUCUGGAGCCUUGAUGACAACUUUCGUGUCUUCAGACCAUUUCUCUGAAUGACCAUUUGUCACCAAAACAAACCUCUUGAGCCCUGGCUUUCAGGAAGUCAGUAGCAAAACAGACUCCGUGGGUGUAGAUUGUCAGCAUCCAAACACGAUACAACUCUCUGUUCAGUGCCCACACUCCAGGAUUCCUGUCUGUUUUGAAUGGAAAGUAGUAACAGUGAUCUGCUUGGGGUAGAUGUUCAGUCAAGCCAUCAGUAGUGGAUUUAGGGAGAAGGAGUUUUAGGCUCUGCCCACCAACAGAAGAUCCUGGUCCUUUUUGAUAAUGUGUAAGUUGUAUGUUCUUAGUUGAGUGACUGGAACCAUUUGGAAGA